AUGCAAGUGCAAGACGAAGACGAAGACUAUCUUCGAAGCGUUUCAGAGCAGCUGGUAGACCUUCACGUCCUAGUCAUUCCUCGUCACUUUUGGCGCAAUGACGUUCAGUGGACUUACAAUACUGCUUGCCUAGAAGCAGUAUCAGUGGGAUUUGUAAGAGUUGAACCAGAAAUCAGUCUUCAUCUCUUGAGAAAAGACAUUCAGCAUCAGCUAGGAGAACAUGCUAUUCCAAAGUCUUACGUCUACUUGAGAGCUUUGGGUCGAUGUCUUGCAAUGGUGUCUGACAAGCAAGAGAUGUCUAUGAAAGUCAAGUUCUAUGUACCUCCUUAUGUUCCUUGCCCUGAGAUCUUUCUGUUGCCCUACAAUGGGUCAGCGGUGGGGUUUCUCUCUCUUUCUGUUGAAAGGCUAAAUGUUGGAAGUGAAGCAGAGAUUGAAUGGGGAAGAGAGGCUGGUUACAAUGCAGCUCGUCCUCACAGUGCAGACUCUACUAGCCAUCGGCAGAGUAUACAUCAUCCCAGCAGAGUCAUUGCCAUUACUGAUAACAUGAGCCAUAAACCUAGUAAAUCAAGCCAGUUCCCACAACAGGCUUCAAUGUCUUCAUUUCAUGUGACACCUGCAAGACAAGAGACUUUACAACAACAACAGCAGCAACUACAACAGCAGCAACAACAACAACAGCAGCAGCAACAACAACAGCAGCAGCAACCAUUGCCUAUAACUUCAGAGAGCAGGUCUGGACUUACAAAUACAUGUAACCCACAACAGUGUAGUGAGGCAACCUAUAGCUAUACAUCCAACAAUGUUAUAUCACCUGGUAGACAAACUCUUUCUGAUCUGGUCGGAGUUGAAACUUCUUCAAACAGUAGUAUUAAUACUGAUCAUCUCAGGCAGUCUCAAACAUCAAAUCCUGCGACUGUAGAGAGCAAUGACAACUCUAGCUCUAAUAUCAAGGAUGUGAAAUAUUUAUCAGUUGAUUCUAUUGAUGCUGCAGAUCUGUCGGAGUCUGGCAGCACCAAAAGUGAUAGUCCUGAUUUUCGUUGUUUGGAAUUUGUUUCGGACAAGGAAUUGGAUAAGCAGCACCUUCAAGCUAUGACAGCACAAUUUGAGGCUGCCUUGUUUGGAGACCCAAAAUCAGCAAAUGGUGCAUUUGCUACUGGAAACGAGACUGCCGGUAGAAAUUCUCAAACACCAGUUCUUAACCAGUUGUCAGAUGUUGGUACUAAUCUUGAGAAUGCACAAGAGAUACCCAAUGGAGAACAUAAAGGUUCAUCCGAGACAGACACUAAACAGAAAUUGAAUGUGGAAUCUACAACAUCUACUAAACAGAAAUUGGAUGUGGAAUCUACAACAUUUACUAAACAGAAAUUGGAUGUAGAAUCUACUAAAUCUAGCGUCACAAAUACAAAACCUGAAGAAAUGGGUACUGCCAAUGGAAAAAACACGAAGUCUACAUCUAAGAGAACUAUGCAAUCAGAAGGACAUGGCAUUACAAACAAAGUGUCUUCUAAGAAACAACAAAGCGCCAAAGGUUUUGCGACUACUAACAGACACCAGCAGAGAACACAUGAUGGAAAUGAAAGAAAACAAGAUGUCGCUAACAACAAGGCUUAUACCAACUCCAGAUCUGUAUUGAUCGAAUCAAUUGGUGUAACUUCAAGCAACAGUGAAGAAAUUAAAACAUCAUCUACCCCUCGUACUCAACAACCUGUUGAGGCAUCUGCUACUAAAUUCAUACACAAGGGGAAUUCUAAAGUGGACAUACGGAUAAAUGAGCAACAGAAAAACAUGGCUCAAACGCCUCAGGAUUUUAAAGUUCCGGAGUUCCAUGGGCAGAAGAAUCAAAAAGAGCAUAAAUCAAACGAACAAGAGACUGUGGCUAGGAAGAAGUCUACCAAAGAGGAUAAGCUUAUUGAAGAGCUACAUACUAUACGACAGUCACGCUUGCAGCUGGAAAAAGAUCAUACAAGGCUUGUGAGUGAGGCAAAAUUGCUACAAGUAAAGUGUCAGAGGCACCGUCAAGAGACCGAUAGUGCAUGGAAGAAGCAGUAUUUUUAUGAGAAGAAAAGAAGUCCUCACCUGGAGCAACAGUGUGAGAAGUUGAGACAGCAACUGCACUUGGUUCUAGCUCAAAACAGAGUGGAGAAACAAGCAGCUAAAGGACAGAACCUAUUGACUCCAGGGAACAAAGCACCAUCACACGUGAAUAACAUGAAGAUUCAGUGUGCACAAGUGAAAGACGAAUUGGCUGAACUGCGCCAGAAAGUAGACCAAGUGAAGGCUAGGCUUGCGGCAGAAUGCCAAACAAGAGAGCGAUUAGAAACUGAAGUUAGAACAUUGAAGCAGGAAUUAAUACAGAAGAAAAUAAGCCUGUCUCUUAUUCGAGCCAAGGUUCAUUAAGUCAGCAUGCUUUGAAUGCAUGAGGCUACACGUGCUGCAAAUUUGUAGAUGUCAGCAUCUUGAUAUGAAGGUUGGAACUAUUUGUUUAGAUAUGCAUUGUUUCUUUUAUAUUUAUCCAGACCAAGUUUUACAAAUUGAUGUAUUAUGUACUUAAAGGAUUACAACUCUAAAAAUGCUGUACUUGUUUGUGUCCAAAAUUGGUGAAUAUUUAUGGUCUAACUUUUUGUUUAUGCUA